AGACUUGACCAGGAAACCAGAGCGUGGGAGACAGGCGGACAGACAUCGAACAAAGUAAGUAAGUGGAUAUAUAAGAGUUUAUUUCUCUGUAUUUUUAAAUUGUCUGACGUUUCCUAUUGUAAUUAAAAACAUCAUUUCAACACUUUCCAUGACCUUUUUGACCCUGUAACAUUGAAGGAUGUUUUAAAAAGAGUUUCAGAACAAAACAGGAGUUUAAGUUUAGUACUGAAGAUCAUUUUAUGUGUCAUAAACAUCAACAAACACGAACAAACUGGACUAUUUCAAGUUAAUGAUCAUUUUAUAACAAAUAUAUUUUCAUGGUGAGUGUGUUCGUGUCUCUCCACGAGGUGUUUCAAUGAUUUUAAGCCUAAAAUAUGUAUUUACAGUCAUACUUUGACCAUAAAGGAGGGGCAGUACUUCUGUUAAAUGGGUUCUGGUCAAGUCUAGUCUGUGUGACAGAGACCGCCCCCCGGAAGGAUCAGGUCUUAUGAUGGCUGUAAAAAAAACAACUGAGAAAGCUGCUGUGAGGGACUGAGACGGAACAACACGAAGACUUAUAAACUGUUACCAACGCUGCUGACCUCGCUGGAACCAAACCCUGUCCCGAAAGAUUUAUAUGAAUGCUUUAAUUUUGAGACAAACCUUCACCCUUUCAUUCUGCAACUAACACAAAAACUACCUGACAAUGUUUGAAGACCCUCCUCGGCAGUAAAAGACUCAACAUGGUCGACAUUUUAUUCCUUUACUGGGUUGGUGAUGUUUUUAUAGCUGCUAUUUCAGAACUUUGUCUGGAUUUAUAAAGUUUAUGAGACUUUGGGACGGACUGAUUGUCCUCCUUAAGUCGGUCCAGAAGGCGCACGUUUCAGUCAACAAGUUAAACUGAAGAACCGGUCGACCCUGUUUCAUGCUGAGGGAUGAGUUUUGCAUCCCCUUUUCUCCAUGAUGUGGUUUUCUUCUCCAAAACUUCUUUGACAAACAUGUUCAAGUGCUACGCGAGGUCCUCCAGGCCCUGCAGCGCCAUGGAGUAAAGUUGAAUCCAGAAAAGUGCGAACCGAUGCGUAGGUCACCUGGUGUCAGCUGAAGGCAUAAGGAUUGACCCCAAGGACCUUUAAGCAGUUCGGGUGCUAAAGGACCUCAUACCACAGACUGUUGGGGAGGUCAGGCAGUUGCUUGGGUUCUUGAGUUACUAUCGCAGCUACGUACAAGACCUUUCACGUACAGCGAAACGAUUGUACGACCUACUCCAGUCAAAACUCAGCACACAACAACCGGUGUUGUCAAGAGGAAAGUCAGAAUGUUCUCAAAUGCCCUCUCGAACCCCCUGUAGCAAUCAAGACAACCCUGGAUGUGAAACUCACACAUUCCUUACAGGAAAGUUUCCUUAUCUGGUCCCAGGAAACAGGAUAUAAAUCUUUCCAGACGUGUUUGCACUUUCAGGUUAAAUAAGUGACCCAACCGGAGGUUGACUAAACCUCUGACUCUUCAGGAUUGGUCAGUUCGGCGAACAGAGACAGAGUUUUUAUUACCUUUCAAACUGACUCCAUCGCUGACCAUCUAAAUAAACAUUAACGUCUCAACCCAGAUCUCCCAUUUGAGAUUUAGCGUCUUAAAGUGUGUGAACAUACGGACCCCAGGAUAAGGGGGGACACUGACCUCCAGACCUCGGUCGUAAAACCCUGCUCGACCAUACACUGAUAAAGACUGCAUUCCUUUGGUGAAAGAAUACAAAUGACUGAUCAUGACAUCUUAUGCAUUCAGCAAUGUACUAAUCUGUCUAAUCAUGAAAUUUGUGUUAAAAUGAGAUGUUUCCCGUUUUUCUAUGUGCUCCAGAAGCCAAGUUAUCUUAUCUGACAGAAUAAAUCCUUUAUUCUUUUGUUCUUUAGACCAACAGCUUUUCAGACUGUUUCAUGAACUUUUAAGAGUUAAAUUUAUUGACUAUGAAUCCUAAGUUUACUCUAAGUAACAGAAAUAGUUUAGAAAUGUUUGGUUUAUAUUUUAGUUAUUUAUUUAGUAUCUUAACCAUUAGGUGGUUAUAAUGUCACUGAAUAAUCUGAAUGUGAGUAUUUAGAAUCCAUUAUUAAUCAUGAUGACGUUCAUUCACAUGUGUUUACUCUUUUGUUGUUCACAGUUUCCAUGUGUUACUAUCUGUUUCAUUUCAGAGUAAUUUAGCAUGUUCAAUGUGAUACUUAAAACAUAAUGAGAAUGUUUGAUGUGAUCCUACACUUCAUUCAUAUGUGUUUAGUAUCAAAUUAUUUAUCAUGAAACCAAGCAUUCAAUGAUAUUAAUCAUAGUGAGUGAGUAUCAGAUCUGACUCUUUUACCAGCCAAAAGAAUAAGUUAGAUCAAAUAAUCAGAGACCCGAUGACCCCUCCUCUUUCUCCUCAGACACUCCCAGUGUGAGAAGAUAAAACCAGUGAAGUCGGGUUGCUCACUCUCUCUUAUCUCUUUUUCCCUCUUAUGCUUCUGCUCUUCUGCUGACUCUCUUGUCCCCGGCUCUUAUGCCCCUUCUCUUCUGCCCACACCCUUCUGUGGUGCGUUUCUUUGUUUUCUCUUAGAACUUUUUCUUAGUCUUCUAAGUUUUACGCCACGUGUUGAUUCACGUUGAUUUUUCUUUAACAUCGUCUUAGUUCAAGUUUUGAAACUUCAACUUUUUGUGCACAUAGCAAUUCAAGAUUAAGCCUUUGAUUGAUUUUUCUUUAAUUUCGCGAAGCCAUUUUUGAAAGUUUUCUCUGCUCGAGCCUCGUUUUUCUGAGUUUUCUGCGUGAUUUCAAAGUCACCUCUGAACGCAACCCAGCAGGCCCAGGUCAUCCUCUGUGCUAGAGUUUUUGAGUGAGACCAAAGAAGUACCCAAACGAGCAUCCACAGGAUCCACAGGCGCUGGCUUUCGGGCCCGAGUGCUGCAACUCCUGGCUCAUCCUUCGGCUGACUUCAGUCGUCUUCUGAGCUGAACCGCUCGAACCGCCAGUAGCCCGGACCUUCGGAACCUGCUCCAUCUUCUCCAAGGACCAGUCUCACUUAAGUAUGCAAACCUCCAGAGCUCUAAAGAGGGCUGGUGCUGUCUCAUGCGUUCAUAACUCAGAUAUCCACCUAUUUCUGGUGAUCUUAGAUUCCUCCAAAUCCACAUCCGAGUUUAUCUCGACACCAAAGUUAGUGUAGGUUAAUAUGUUAGCGCAUAUUCACUCACUAUCAUUAACUUUAGUGCUCCUAGCCUGACUCAGAAUCUUUAUUUAUUCACCUAUUAUUAUUUUAUCUUCAUUAUCUUAUCAUCAUUUAUUGCAUGUGUGUUGUACCAUCAUUUAUCCUGUAAUAAACAGAUCAUUAUUUUUCUAAGUUCUUGACUGUUAGUGUUCUUCCAGAAGUGGAGUCCCUGAAAUUAGAAUUUCGACUUAAGAUAUGAGACUGAUUAAUUAAGACUGAUUAAUUAAAACUGACUUGAUGUUUGAUUUCUGAAUUAAACUUUUGUUUUCUUUAUUUUCCCACCAUCAAGGGUGGGUGGUGCCCCUUUCAACGAGUGCAUAAAUGUCAUAAUUUGAGAUUAUUAAUCUUCAGACAUUUAUUAUAAAUUCCAAUCGCUACAGUACUAUUUUGGUACGGCCUUGUGAGGCUCAUUUCAAAUCGCUACAUAUAUUUUGGUGCCCCUGUGUGAGGCUCAUUUCAAAUCACUACACCCCGUAGAGUGGAAUGAGGAACACCAACAGGUCCUUGAGUGUCUAACAGACCGACUCACUGAGCCAUCAGUGCUGGCGUAUCCAGAUGUCACCAGCCCCUUGGAGCAGUUCUGUAUCAGAACCCGGAUAAAAAGAUGAGGGUGAUAGGUUAUGAGCCAUCUGUGAGAAGUUCAAGGACUAUCUUUACUUUGCCGCAGUUUCUGGGGCGCCUCAGACUGACCAGUUUGGUCUCCACAUGAGAUAAAGAGACAGUCUGAGCCCCACAGUUUCUUCUACAGAUCUACUCAGUGCUGUCUUCGUUGUCCCUCUUCAUGAUCAGUCUGGUGAGGAGCACACAGACAGCAGCAUCGAUGUUUUCUUCUGUCCUCCUGUCUGACAUCUUUAAUCCCAGCUCAUCACUGACUGACCAUCAUCCGUCUCGUUUGUUUGACAGCAUGUGGUUUUUGCUUGAUGGAUGGGUUUCUGAAGGUUUUGGACUCUGAUAUGGAUCAGUAUGAGGAGACUGAGGAGGGUGUGUCCCCCUCUAAAACCGCUCUACACCGGGAACGUGGGCCUGAGAGGUGAGUCAGGAUCUCUGGUUAUCGAUGACUCCUCUUCAUAUCAGGAUACUAAACUGAGUUCUGUGUUAAAGCCCAGAGCAGCAGCAGGAACCGGUCUCUCCUGGACCUGAACCCAGCUGUGUGUCCGUGGCCUCGGUUCCAGAUUUGAGAGACGAUUCUUCUUCAGACGAACGGUAAGAAGUGCCCAAAGGAGCUGAAAAAGUUUGACAUUCAACAACUUUUCUCUUUGUUCUGUUUUUUUUUUCUCUCUGAAUCAGAUUUUUAAGGUUUGGUUUUCGGUUUGUCUUUUAUUUCAGAUUUCACCAGCAGGGAUCUCGUCAUCCUGUCCCCAGCUGUGUCUCCAUGAGGACUAACAAGUCCAUGUUUGAACCUUACAACUUUGAGGGGGAACACCACUCCACUGAACAAAGGUGACAAUUUUAAUAAAUGUGUUUGUUGUACCGCCGCACUCCCAAACAUUGUUAUGACGUUGUGACACUGUUGUGCUUUCAAGUGUCUGCAGUUCUAGAGUGGGAUCCUUACAUCCAUUAUCUAAAAUCAUCACCUCGUUUUCAGCCAAAACUCUCGUAGACUGUGUGCUUUCCAAUCGUCACUCUUCAUGUUUUCAUAUUAGAGUUCAGCAGCAAAGUGUCAUGAAAUGUUCUGGUAUUUAGUUUUCUCCUGGUUUUGGUCUUUUGAGUGUAUUUUCUGUGUGUUUUCCCUCGUGUUCCUGUUCCCCUGUAGUCCUGUCUUGUGAGUUUUCAGUUUGUGUCUGACCCCGGUUCCCUCUUGUUCUCAGUGUUUUAUUCCUUAUAUCAGUGUUUCCUGUUUUAUUUUGUAGGAGUUUAUUCCUUGUGUUUCUACUCUUGUUUUACUUCCUCAGUUUUCCCUCCGUAGUUGUUGUCUCACCUGCCUCUCGUUGCUCGUUUCCCUGUGUGUGUGUGUGUGUGUGUGUGUGUGUGUGUGUGUGUGUGUGUGUGUGUGUGUGUGUGUGUGUGUGUGUGUGUGUGUGUAGUCCCUGUCUUCCCCUGUUUCCUUGUUGCUUCAUGUGUUGUAUUUGUCUACGUUGAGUUCAGUGUAUGCCUGUGUCUCCAGUGAUUUUUUGCCCUUGAGAAAUUUUCAGUUGGACAUUAAAAGUGAGUUUUGUUUUGUUGCUUCUUAUUGAUUUCUUUUUAAAUAAAUCCACUUUUCGUUCUGCAUUUGGGCCUUUUCCUUCCUUCCUCCCUUCCUUCCUUCCUUCCUUCCCUCCUCUCUUUCCUUUUUGCUUAACUCCAAACCAUCGCACAAAGGUCAGAUGUUACAGUUGGUCUGCCGGUCCAACUGCAUCCAGCUGAUCUGGACUUCAUCUUUAAGGUGUGUACAUUUCCAAAACAACCUUUUCCUCAGCUUCAAAUAAACAUGAAUCAAACUUACUAAAGGGAUAUUCCGGCAUAAAAUUAAUUUAUGGCCAAACCCACCGUUACACCGAGUUAGACCCCCCCUCCAGAGAUGAAUGUUGUCGACCGCUUCCUUCUCUAGUUAUACCAACUUUAGUAACGACCGCAGGAUAGAAAUACAGAGAGCCACGCCCCCAACCAAAACGCCACUCUAUAGCCACAAAUAAUGCUCAGAACAGCACCUAACUUCAUCAACAGGACAUAUAGGGUCACAGACAUAGUACUAGACACCAAACAUCUUUUUAACUUUGACUCAUUUCUUUAGCAAAGAGACUAAACACAACUCACCUACUCUCUUCCAGCAGACGCUUGUUUGUAGAGAGACCUCAGGCCAGUCCAUUACGCACUACGCCGGAAUAUCCCUUUAAGUUAAUUAGUAAUUAAUUUAGUAUCCCUCUUCAGAAUCUUGGGGAGAAACUUCACGCUUUUGUGGGGGAGGAGCUGAAAAAGUUCCAGAGAGUUUUGGAACAAGAUUUCCCCGGAAGACUCGAUAUGGAGCGUGACGAUGAGGAGUUGGUGGAAAGUGAGGGGAAGGAGAAGAGAAGAAGUAAUAGGGAGUCGUUGCUGAAGAUCACGCUGAACUUCCUAGAGGGAAUGAAGCAGAAGGAGCUGGCUGACUUUCUACAGAGCAGUAAGAGUCUUUGAUACAACUUAACUUCAAAUGAAAGAAACAGGCGGUCAAUUAUCUUCUCUGUUUUCACUCAGGAACCACGACUUCACUGUGUCAACGCCAACUCAAAACGUAUGUGAAGAAGAAGUUUGGGUGUGUCGAGGGGGCUGACAAAGCAGGAAACCCAACUCUUCUGAACCAGAUCUACACAGACAAUGUAGACUGAAAACCCUCAGGUCAGGAUCCAGGUUCUAUUUAACUGAUAAUCAAUAUGUGACCUGUAUUAAUGUCAAUGUCUCUCAGUGACAGUUAUCAUCUGCAGGACUCUUGGAGCAAAAUGUCCAUCAAUUGUUGUUGAUGGACCGUCCUAUAGGAGACCGCGUUCUUAAAGCGCUAUAGUACAGCUUCAUGCAGUCACUAAAGUGGGGAACACACUAUCAUGGUGCCUAUUUCAAAGUCAGCAAAGGCCUGAUUACGGGAGGGUCUUAAGAACGACCUCAGCUCUGCUGGGAGUGCUCGUUUUUUCUUCAAUUAGAAAUUCUUAGGUGAGGGGAACAUGAGGACGGCUGAGCGUUCACACUGUCCAAUGUUUCUGGAAAUAACGUGACAGCUGAUCAGGAAGCAACCUGAGCAAAGAGGGAGCACAACAACUGCAACCAUGUGACAACAUUUAAACCCCACAUGAUAAUACAUGGUGACAACACAAGUGUCAAGUGUCUUUCAGUAAAACACCGUCACUGAAAUGACAGGAGGGUGUUGAAGCUACUUUAGUGGAAGAACCAGGAAGCUAAGCAAGCUAAUAACCACUGUUUCCUGUAGAGUCAUGUUUCCUACUUUAAAAUCUCGCUUCACCAAAGGAGACUUCCUUAGAUUUCCCCUCAUGAGAGUCGGGACACCAGGUCAUUGUCAUUUUCUUCCGCUUCAUCCUGGUCCGGGUCGUGGGGGCAGCAGCUUCAGGAGGGAAGCCCAGACGGCCCUCACCCCGGACACCUCCACCAGCUCCUCCUCUGGGGGGAUUCCCAGGCGCUCCCGGGCCAGGAGAGAGAUAUAAUCCCUCCACCUGGUCCUGGACCGACCACAAGGUCUCCUCCCGGUGGGACAUGUCUGGAACUCCUCUAACAGGAGGCGUCCAGAAGGCGUCCUAACCAGAUGCCCGAGCCACCUCAGCUGACUCCUCUGGACGUGGAGGAGCAGCGGUUCUCCUCUGAGCGCCUCCCGAGUGUCCGAGCUCCUUCCCCUAUCUCUAAGGCUGAGCCCGGACACCCUGAGGAGGAAAACCAUUUCAGCCGCUUGUAUCUGCGAUCUUGUUCUUUCGGUCAUUACCCAAAGUUCAUGACCAUAGGUGAGGAUCGGCACGUAGAUCGACCGGUAAAUCCAGAGUCUCUCCUUACGGCUCAGCUCUUUCUUCACCACCACUGAUCGGUUAAACGUCCGCAUCACUGGUGAUGCCAUUGUCGACUCCGGGUGUUGGUAAAAAUGAGUGUGUGGUGUGCUGUGUUCACCAUAUUCUUGUUCACCACUUCGACGGUCCUUUGGCUCAUUAUUCUGAACGCUCUGAAGCAGAUUUUCAGAAGAAGGAUCUUCUUGAGCGAAUGUUGAUGAAUCCACUGUAUCCUUGAGCUCUCUGAACUGAUAUGAAUUUGUGUCCAGACUGUCCGGCUGUCUGAUCACAGACCGAGGCUGUACUUCUCUGGCUUCAGCGCUGGAGGCCAACCCUUCACAUCUGAAAGAGUUGGACCUGCGCUAUAAUCACCCAGGACUCUCAGGAGUGGAAAUGCUGUCUGCAGCUGUGGAGAAUCCUCUGUAUGGACUCGACAUCUUCAGGUAUGAGCAGUUAAAAAAACAGGCUAGCUCGGUGUUUCCUGUGAGGCUGUACGAUAAAUCGUUCUGAUCUAUGAGUAAAAAUAAAGAUCCAGGUUUUCUGUUUCACGGGUGAAUUUUACCACAGACCUCCACGUGAUCAGACACAUGCUCACUGAAGUACAAAAUCAUCAAAUAUAAAACAAAUAAAAAUAAUGAAAUUUUCAUGAUUGAAAAUAAAAUUCCUUCAUUUUUUUACGAACUUAAUAUUUCAGACUAAAGUAGAAACGGUGCAGACACUUAGAGAAGGUUCCUGAGAGGGUUCCUCUGAGGGUUCAUGGUGACUGUUUCCUUUCCCAGGGUGGACCCUCAUGGAGAACGAUGGCUGAAACCUGGUCUGAGGAAGUGUAAGUAUGUUCACUUCUGUACAAACACCAGAGAUGGGUAUUGAUAAGACUUUAUUGAUACCAGUGCCUUAAAGAACAUUCUUAUCGAUCUGAUUCUUCAUCAAAUCCCCUAUCAGGUCCUCCUGUGGGUCUUCUGUGUACAGAAAGUCUGUGUCAGUUUAUUGAGUUGCUCACUCACACAUGCUCACUGGAUCCUUGAUCUCUGGACGUAAAUAAAUAUAUCAGCGCAGGUUUGGGCGUUAAAAAUAAAAUAAACUGCAUGAAAAUCGGUUGUCUUUAAUGGAAAUGAUGCCCCCACCAAGAUGGCCGCCACAUAGACACAUCGCUUAGCGCUACAACACUCUGACUUAUCUAGUCUUUUAUAUCUGUGAUUCUGUUGCCGACUGACGAGCGUGAUCGAUAUGUGGCCCGAAAAGAAUCGACACAGGAAUCGUUAAGGCUAAUCAUGUCGAUGGAUCGAACCGUCUAAUCGAUUCUUAACAGGAACCGGUUAUCAAUACCCAUCCCUGAUAAACACCAAACAAGACCACGUCAGGGUAGUGAGGUGUGUGUCUGCUCUCUCCAUCAGAUGCUUGUGAACUCACUCUGGACUCAACCACAGCUCACAGAAAGCUCCAACUGUCCGACAACAACCAGAGCGUGACUCACGUGAGAGAGGAGCAGCAGUGUCCUGAUCAUCCACACAGGUUUGACUACUGGUAUCAGCUGCUGUGCAGAGAUGGUCUGACUGGUCGCUGUUACUGGGAGGUGGAGUGGAGAGGAGACGUGGACGUGUCAGUGAGUUACAGAGGACUCCGACGGAAAGGGAAGACACCUGACUGCCAGUUUGGAGGGAACCAACAGUCCUGGCGUCUGAUCUGCUCUGUCGACUACGGUUAUGCCGCCUGUUAUGAUAACACCCGAGCGCUCCUCUCCUCCUCCUCCUCCUCCUCCUCCUCCUCCUCUGAUAGACUCGCCGUGUAUCUGGACCAUCCUGCCGGCUCUCUGUCCUUCUACAGAGUCUCCUCCAGAACACUGACCCACCUCCACACCUUCUCCACCACCUUCACUGAGCCUCUCUACCCUGGGUUUAAGUUGAUGCCUGAUGCCUCAGUGACCUUAAACUGGCCGCCAGGACGUUCAUGUCAGUGACUUUAGCAGCCUGAAAAAUCUGAUCAUGAAGCCCAGAGUCGUUAGUCUGCAAAGUGAUUUAAUAUAAUUAUAAUUUAAUAUAAUAUAAUAUAAUAUUUAAUGUUUGAGAUUAAUAUUAACCAGAAAAACAGUCAAACUGUUCCUCCUUACAGGGCAUCACUUAAAACCCAGUUGGAAAUAUAAGCUCUGUACAUGAACCUGUAACAACAGUUCAGAUAUUCAACAUUAAAUCAGUUUUAAAUCAUUAUAAUAUGUAAAUGGUCUGUUUAUUACAGUAAAGUUACAGCAUAAAUGUGAUAAAUGACGGUCAGAUGAUAGGGAUAAAUAAAUCAAAGAUCCUGUGUCUGACUCUGACUGUUAAAGUGAAUGAGAGUUUUAGAUUCGUCUGCUGUUUGAGAGGUGAAGGGUACGACUCUACAGAAAACCAUCUACAAGUUCACUGUCACUCCUGAUAAAGUGGAAACCUGAGCUUUAAAGCCGAGGCAGAAACUUCUCAAAACAGUCAGAGACUCGACUCUUCGUCAAACCAAGACGUCAUUAAACUGAAUAAAUCUCAAGAUCUUUUCCGUUAAUCUGAGACUGACAGACGUCGGUGAACACGAUAACUGUCUCAGAAUCACAAAGACUAAAACCUGCACUGAGAUGAACCCAGAUGAGAGUCCUGGUUGGUUUCAGUUCUUCUCAGUAAACAGGAAUAUUUGUCUUUAUGCUGACUCAGGACAGUUACUGGAAACUGUAUUUAACCAACAUGUCAGCAUUUACCAAAAGAACGACUUCUUUAUCUGAGGUCUUAGUCUCAGUAAUGUUUGUGUUUCUGCAGUUGAAUAUGUUAUUUCCAAACCUGCAGGUCCUCGUAUUAAAACUUUAUGGGACGAGC